UCUGAUCACAAAGGGACUAACGCAGGAAAAAAGAUGAAGAGUAUGCUCGCAACGCUUCUCUUUGUCGUCCUGGCGGCCACUGCGGUAAACGCCGGUAUCCACUAUGGUGGCUAUGGCAGAGGUGGCUACGGUGGUGGCUACGGAGGCGGCUACGGCGGUGGUUACGGAGGCGGCUACGGCAAGCUCAUCGUUCUUCACGGAGGCUACGGUGGAGGCGGAUACGGCGGAGGAUACGGCGGAGGAUACGGUGGUGGCUAUGGUGGCGGUCACGGCUGGUGGUGAUGAUCACUUCACCUGCGAAAAAUGAGGAAUGCUGUUGGCCGACGCGACGGCUACUGCGGGGGAACCAAAUGUCACUGCUACUUGAAUGAACAACCGCGCCUUUGUAAAUAAACCUAUUUUUUCGAAAACA